UUGUAAUCUUGUGUCUGGGUGUUUUAAAACUCUUAAUGAAAACAAGAAAUAUAUUUUAUUCUGGUUAUUUUGGUUGAUGGUCACAUGAUCGACAAAUGAAAUGAUCUUUUAUGCUACAUAUUCACACCAAAACAGAAAAUGUUGUAAUCUUAGCCUGGUAAAAGAUUUUAUUUAGAUUUUUUAGGUAUGAUAAUGGCAUCAGGGUUGUUGACGUUUAUACAAGAUUAGAAGGAACUUGUACUCAUUAUUUUGCUGGACAAAGUGCAGCAAGUAGCUCUGGGUCAAUUUUUUUUUCCUCUCUCGGCUUAGUUUGUUAUUCUUUUUUUGAGAUAAAAAUGAGUAAAUAUAUAGAAAUCACGCCAAGGGGGCGUAACCCAUAUACAAGAUGUAGAGAAGAAUUUACAGAUCUUUGAGUAUAUCUAUAAUAGAUCCAAAAUCAUCAAAAGAAUCAAGAUUGUGGCCAAGUACAAUAAAACCAAAGAUAUGGAGCCACCUGUCUUUUGAUAAUGGCGAAGUUAUUUUUUUUAGUUUGUUAUAUGACAUGGUUGAGGCAGUUGAACCUACUGCCUAAAUGAAGCUUUAUUUAUUCCUUCAAUAUAUGACUUCUUAGCUAUUCUUGGCAUAUGGUCUAGGGUGUGUGGACAAUUUCUAAUUAAUUUCCAGUAAUAGAAACGUCAUUCUUUUUUAAUUUUCUUCUUUCUUUAUAUAUAAAAGAAGAAAUUUUAUUUAGGAAGAGAGGGAAAGGAAUAUAAAAUUUGAGGAUAAGAUAUCCUCUUCAAAAGUAGAAGAAAAAACAAGAAAAGAUAAUUGGUACAAGCACACAGUUGUAGCAUCCUAAGAGCUAUAUAUAAUAGCUUCCAGUUCCAAUGGAGUUGGGCAAGACAAAUGUGAGGGUAAUGUCUAUGUGCCUUUGCUCAUAAUGUUGUCAUGAAAGUAGUCCUUUCCGAUAUCUCAUCUAAGGAUGUAGUUCGGUAAUGGAAAAGUCGAUGGUUGCCAUAGAGGCUUAUCUUCUGUCCUCACCCUUACCCCAUAGAUAUUAGAGCCAAUAAAGCUCUCCGCUGUAGGAGGCAUCACUUAGUUCAGUACAAAUACCCAGAUGGCUGAGCCAUGCAGAAGGGCUGAUUUUGGGCUUUAAUUUCUUGAAUUUCAAUAGUUAGUUGAAAUUCAUUUCAACAUAUACUUAUAGAGCUUUAAGACGUAUAUAACUUAUUACUGUUGUUUUUAAAUAUUAUAGGCCGGUUCUUACAUAUACACGAGAGCAUCGGCUAAAGGAAAGCGUGUUCAGUGCAACAUUGGAGCCAAAACUCAUGCGGUUGUCAUGCCUGAUGCAAGUGUGGAUGCUACUCUGGAUGUUCUAGUUGCUUCUGGUUUUGGUGGGGCAGGGCAAAAGUGCAUGGUGAUCAGCACAGUAAUCUUUGUUGGAGGCUUAACUUCAUGGGAAGACAAGCUAGUGGAUCGUGCCCUGGCACUUAAAGUGACUGCUGGAAUGGAACCAGAUGCAGAUCUUGGUCCAGUUAUAAGCAAGCAGGCAAAGGAACGGAUAUGCCGAUUGAUCCAAACUGCUGUUGAAGGUGGUGCAAAGCUAGUGCUUGAUGGCAGAAGCAUUGUGGUUCCAGGAUAUGAGCAUGGGAACUUUAUGGGUCCCACCAUCUUAACUGAUGUCACAACAGACAUGGAGUGUUACAAGGAAGAAAUAUUUGGUCCCGUUCUUCUUUGUAUGCAGGCGGACAGCAUAGAAGAAGCCAUAAAAAUCAUAAACAGAAAUAAAUGUAGGAAUGGAGCUUCUAUUUUUACAAAGUCUGGUGCAGCAGCUCGGAAAUUUCAAACAGAGAUUGAGGUUGGGCAGGUUGGUAUUAACGUUCCUGUCUCAGUUCCAUUGCCAGUUUCAUCGUUUACCAGCUUGAAGCCAUCUUUUGCAGGCAAUCUUAAUUUUGACAGCAAGGCCAGCAUUCAGUUCUACACACAGAUUAAAACAGUUAGUCAACAGUGGAAGGAUUUAGUAAGCAGUGAUAUAGCUUCUUCCCACUUGCCUGAAUGACUUUCCUCUCUCCCCUUUUCGGUGCUUAACUCAUAAUUUUGGCGUUAAACUCGUAGAUUGGUGAAUGAGAUCUCAUUGUAGUAAAAGGGAAAAGCCAAAGGGUUGCAUUUUAUGGAUACAAUGGAAAAUCACGGAGUAAAAUGUAUAAAGCAAACAGAUUCUAGCGGGGUAGUUUUUUCUUUUUCCUGUUCUUUCAUUCUUGACCUUAUUGAGCAGAAAUUUUUCAAUGGCUCGGUUAUGGUGGAUUGGAAAUCAGGUUUAAGUUUUUUGUAGAUUUUCCUCUUGGGUGCCACGGGGAAUCUUGAGCAGAUUUCGAUGUCAAUUUCCAAUCAGGCAUCAGGCCUUUGGAUAAUGUUCCCAAGACGAAUAUAAACCCUAAAGACCUGGAAGUCAACUUGAAUUUCUUAUUUCAAUAGAGAUUGUUAUCGAAGCAUGUAAUUUUAUGAGAAAACAUUUUGUACAGUAGAAAUGUGAUAUGACAUUAUAUUGUAUGUUCAUCAAUAAUUUGAAAGAAAUGCACUGAUACGAUA